AUGCGGGAAGAGCUUGGUGCUGAAGCGAACUGCAGCAACAGGAGCGCCGGGGGAGAGCCGUGCCACGGAUCCGAGAGGCGCUUCCCCUUCCUCCAAGUAGCACUUUUGGGGUCUGUUUUCGUCGUGGCCGCCCUCGGCAAUCUGCUUUUCUUACACGCACUUUGGAAGAAGCGCAAGAGGAACAGCAGGACACAGCUGUUCCUGCUGCACCUGUGCAUCGCCGAUCUGCUUCUGGCUUUCUUCCAGGUCCUCCCCCAGCUCUUUAUGGGAAUAACCCCGCACUUCAGGGGCUCCGAUGUCGCCUGCAGGGCUGUGAAGUAUCUGCAGGUGGUGGGCAUGUCUGCCUCGGCGUACCUAAUCGCCGCGAUGACGGUGGAGCGCUACAAUGCGGUCUGCAGACCCAGCGUGUCCUUCUUCAGAGGCUCCUUCCGGAGGUAUGUCGCGAUCGGAGCAGCCUGGGCGACAGCGCUGGCUUUCAGCUCUCCACAACUGUUCAUCUUCUCACUGCGAGAAACGCAGGAACACGUGUACGACUGCCAGGCCACCUUUAUUGAUCCUUGGGGAAGUGAGAUAUACAUCACCUGGGUUACCUUGUCGGUCUUCAUAUGCCCUGCCGUAAUUUUACUUUUCUGCCAGAUACAGAUAUGCACAGGGAUUUACUUAAAUAUGAAGAGGAAAUCGCUGCAGUCGGCAGCAAAGGAGGGUCGAUCGGCUUCCAAAGGCGUGUCAAAGACCAUGCUAAAGACGGUCAAAAUGACAUUUGUCAUCAUUGUCGUUCAUAUGCUGUGCUGGAGCCCGUUUUUCCUACUCCAGCUGUGGUCGACCUGGAACUCCCAGAGCGCGCCAACAGAAGCUCCGGCAUUUAUCGUAAUGCUGCUUGCCAGUUUGAGCUGCUGCACCAACCCCUGGAUCUACCUGUAUUACAGCUAGCGGCUAGAGGAGCUGUUACCGCGCUUAAAGACUCACGCAGAGAG